AAACUCUGGUGAAAGAGGUAACGUUCUGUAAAAUUCGUCUUGCAGGAUGAGAGAGAAAGAAAGAGCAUGUGAAUUAGAAGAGUUGAGAAGCCGGGUCGAGAUGGAAGAUGUGUGCUCCACUUGCCUGAGGAACAGUCGGCCAUUCCGAGGCAGGAUUAAGCGCAGGUCCAACGGGGUGGUUCCUCACCAAAGUCAGGCAUCUGCUUGCACUCCAAGCGCCCAUCUCAGCACCCUACUGCAUGCAGGAAUAAGCAAAGUACUGGUCACAGGAGGAGGGGGAUAUGUGGGACACAACCUUGGUUGUGCUCUGGCCCAGUCUGGAAUCUCUGUGCUCUUAUUUGACAUCAACAAAUCUCAGUGGGAUAUCCCAAGCGGAGCCCUAUUCAUACAGGGAGAUAUUCGAGAUUAUGAUUGCCUGCAUGCCGCAUGCGAAGGGGUAGAUUGUAUUUUCCAUGUUGCUUCCUAUGGAAUGUCAGGACACCAGCAACUUGAGAAGGAAAAAAUUGAAUCCAUCAACAUCGGUGGAACAAAGCUUGUUAUUGAUGUGUGUGUUCAGAGAAGUAUCCCCAGACUGAUUUAUACCAGCACUGUGAAUGUGGUAUUUGGUGGAAACCCGAUAGAAGAUGGUGAUGAGGAAACUGUCACUUACUUCCCACUGGAAAAGCAAAUAGAUCCCUAUUCCAGGUCAAAGACGAUCGCUGAUCAGAUGAUCUUAGCAGCAGAUAGAAGACCAUUGAAGGGAGGAGGUAAACUUCAUACGUGUGUGCUACGACCUCCUGGAAUUUACGGACCAGAUGAGCAGAGGCAUUUGCCCCGACUAGUGAGUAACAUUGAGAAAGGAUUAAUAUUUUUCACUGUUGGACGUCAGAAAACAUUUUUGAACUGGAUUCACCUGUACAAUCUGGUGGAAGCCCAUAUCUUGGCAGCGGAGGCACUAACUGCCACUAAAGGAUAUAUUGGGAGUGGACAAUCGUACUUCAUUCAUGAUGGGGAAAAUGUCAACAUCUAUGAGUUUUUGCAUCCACUGUUUGAGAAGCUAGCCUUCAGUAAUCCCUGGGUAUCUCUGCCCUAUUCUUUGGUCUAUGAUUCAGCUGUCUUCUUUGAAUAUCUCCACUUGGCAUUGAGGCCCUUUGUGAAUUUAAACCCAGUGCUGACCAGAUAUGAAGUUAUGAAGAUUUCGAAGACGCACACAUUUCGGAUAAACAAAGCCCGCAAAGAGCUGGGUUAUUGCCCCAAAAAAUUCUCCUUUGCUGAUUCUGUGGAUUUUUACAUCAAAACUAGGCCCCAGCCAUCACAGCGGCACAUUCUCAUGCGCAAACUCUUCCUUCUGAUGUUUGGCUUGUUUUCUCUGUUUGCUUUCCUUUAUUUCAGCAGCUCUGUGCUUUCACUCACCAGACUUUCAUCCUGACUUUAUAUUCUAAAUUGAUUAGAACCUACUAAUACAACAAGGUGUGCUGGCCCGAAACCCAUGGGACCCGUGUUCUUACCCAGGCCUGGAUUUGUGGAAAGGUCACAAUGGCUGGGCCAUAAUUUUAGGGGUGGCAUGCUGCCCAGACACACCACAAUUAAUUCAGAAGCACUGGCAUAUAUUUGCUAUCUUUUUAAAUCUUCCAUAUUCCCAAUCCCUGUGCUCCAGACCUGAUGAGAUAAGACUUGGCCAUGCGUUUGUGUUCAUAUGAAGGGUGGAGGCAGGAAGGGAGAAAUGGGGGCAGGGGGUGAUAAAUGGCCCUGGCCUAGGGGCUCCCUAUAUAUAAAUCCAGCCCUGCUCUUACCUGUGAGUAAGGUUUCCCCACAUAAACCAAUCAUUUACGGUUUUGUAAACAUUCCUAAUCCUUAUAGUAUUAUUAAUUUUUAGCAUGAAAAAUUAUGUUUUUCCUCCUUUUUCCAUGUAAUCUAGAUUUUUUUAUCCCUGCUCUGAUGCCAUUGGCUCUCGUGAGGACCAAGCUGCACAGCCUUGUGGGGAUAUGUGGGCAAGUCAGCCCAGUGACUUAUGAUGUCACCAGAGCAUCACAGGGAUUAGCUGCCCCCAAAAUGAUCCCAGUGUCUCCAUUGGUCAUUUGCUACUAUGUACAGCACCGAUUCCUAUGGUGCUCCACACUGAUAUUACCGGGUUGUCAGUAAUGCCCUAGAAAGUAUAUAGGGAGAGGCAGUGAGUACAAAUCGGAUCAAUUCCAAAAUGUUAUUGCAUCUAAUUGGUCCACUUGUAAAGGAUAGCUGCAAUAACAUUUUGACCAGCUGACACAGAAUUUAAAGGAAUUCAGGGCUAGAGCAAGGGGUGAGGUUGGGGUGUAACAGGCCAUGGGUGGGGUGCAAUGGGCUUGUCUUCAGUGUGUUGAGGGGAAUUUUCAAACUGACAAACAUUAUUCUCUUUUUACAAAUAUUUAUGUCAUUUUGUAAUUAUGUAAAUACAACUUUAGUUCAGGUGAUUUAGCCAAAGCUGAAUAUGAAGCUGAAUAACUAAAAGUCCCAAUUUAGCAAUAUUUAUGAUGCAAGUUAUUAUAAAAUAAAUUA